AUGUCUGCUCCGGGGACCAUGAGCUGCUCUCAGGAGGACCUCAGGCAGAAGCUUUUGGGGAACGUGAAGAGAGAGGUGAAACAGAUCAUGGAGGAAGCUGUCACCAAGAAGUUCGUGCACGAAGACAGCAGCCACAUCAUUGCUCUGUGCAGUGUCGUGGAAGCUUGCCUGCUCCACACGCUGAAGCGUAGAGCUGCCGGCUUCCUCCGAAGCGACAAAGUUGCUGCACUUUUCACAAAGGUCGGGAAAACCUACCCGAUCGCAGGAGACGUGUGCAAGAAGGUUCAAGAGCUGCUGCAGCAAGUGGACAAGAAGAAUCAGAACAAUGGGCAGGAAUCUCUGAAACGACAGGGAUCUGUAUCCAAGAACCCGAUCCUUACGCCUCAAGCUAUUAAACACAUCUGGGUGCGUACUGCCUUGUUUGAGAAGGUGCUGGACAGAAUAGUGCAGCACCUUGUUGAUAAUUCCAGUAAAUAUUAUGAACAAGAAGCUCUCAUGUCAGAUCGAGUCUGUGGUCCAAUUCUCGCCUCUCUGCUCGUUGGCCCUUGUGCAUUGGAAUACACGAAGCUCAAAACCGCUGACCACUACUGGACCGAUCCGUCUGCUGACGAGCUGGUACAAAGACACCGGAUACACGGAGUACACGGACGCCAGGAUUCACCGUCCAAACGCCCGGCACUGGGUAUAAAGAAGCGUCACUCCAGUGGGAGCAUGUCCGAGGAUAAAUUUGCGGCCUCAGCGAGGGAGUACGUAGAGUCGCUCCAUCAGAAUUCCAGGACCCACCUGCUGUACGGGAAGAACAACGUGCUCGUGCAGCCGAAGGAGAAUGUGGAGACUGUGCCUGGUUACCUCUCGCUCCAUCAGUCCGCGGAACACCUGACUCUCAAGUGGACCCCGAAUCAACUCAUGAACGGAACGCUGGGAGAUUCUGAGCUGGAGAAGAGUGUGUACUGGGAUUACGCUCUGACUGUGCCGCUGAGUCAGAUAGUCUGCAUCCACUGUCACCAGCAACCGGACUGUGGAGGUACCUUGGUUCUGGUCAGCCAGGACGGAAUCCAGAGGCCUCCCCUGCACUUUCCCCAAGGUGGCCACUUGCUGGCCUUCCUCUCCUGCCUGGAGAACGGGCUCCUGCCCCGGGGACAGCUCGACCCACCCCUGUGGUCGCAGCGAGGAAAGGGCAAAGUCUUCCCGAAACUUCGGAAAAGAAACAGCAAAACCAAAUCCGUGGACCUAGAGGAGCCGACGGAGGAAGAAAUAGCUACCGAUUACGUGUUUAGAAUCAUUUAUCCCGGCCAGAAGAACGACUACAUCACUAUUAACUACCACCACUUAGCUGCCAGUCGUUCUGUGUCUGUCGAGGAUGACGAGGAGGAAGAGGAUAGGCUACAUGAAAUGAUUUCUAUGAUCUGCUCACGGAACCUCACAGCUCCUAAAAUGAUGAAAGAUCCCGGCGACUUGUUGGAAUUGCACGGAUAUUGCUCGGCUCAGUUUCCGUGGCAACAGGGAGACGCCUGUAGCCGAGGCUCCUCAUGCCAAUCGUGUUCCCGCCGCGGCUCCCCUUAUGACCUGCCCACCUGGUGUACCUGUGGCCAUGACAGGACCCCACUGAAGAUGCUGUGUGAGAGUAUGAAGAGACAGAUUGUUUCAAGAGCAUUUUACGGCUGGCUCGCGUACUGCCGUCACCUCUCCACGGUCCGCACACACCUGUCGGCGCUUGUGAAUCACGCUAUCGUCCCGCCAGACAAGCCCUGCGAUGCCUCGGGCGGCCUGACUUCCGAAGUGUGGAGUAAAUACCAGAAGGACAGGAAGAACUACAAAAAGUUAGAGCUUCUCCGGUUGGUUUACUACGGAGGCGUCCAGCACGAGAUAAGGAAGGAUGUGUGGCCCUUCCUUCUAGGACACUACAAGUUUGGGAUGAGUAAACAGGACAUGGAUCAUGUGGAUGAAGCUAUUGCAGCCAAGUACAGAUAUGUGAUGACAGAAUGGAAAACCUGUGAGAUAGUCGUCAAGCAAAGGGAACGGGAAACCCACUCUGCCAUCCUGGCCAAACUCUCCUCCGGCAGUAGCAUAGACAGCCACGUACAGAGGCUAAUCCAUCGUGAUUCCACCAUCAGCAACGACGUCUUCAUUUCCGUUGACGAAGGAGACCAGCCAGGCAAAGACUCUAAAGCCACGGAUGACCCAAUAUCAACCAUAGUAAGCCUUGGCACCCCAACCGUAGCGCUAGAAGAAAGACCGUCAAUGGAGUUUGACUCCCCAGACUCGGGCUUGCCUUCCUCUAGGAAUUAUUCGGUUGCAUCGGGACACUCGCGAAUCCUUUCGAGUACUGAUGAUGGUCAGAGCCUGUGCAUGGAGGAGGGCGUGCUGGAGGAUGAAAGUAAGACUGAGUUGGGUGAAACUUCGGAACGGACUGAUAUUGUCAUGGAGUCCGGUCCUCAAGGGCUAAGCAUUCGGCAAAAGACAGGCUCUGAGAGCUGUUUUUCGGAAGAACAGCUGUGUGCUCAGUUGGAUUCGAUACUGCCCGAAGACUAUAUCUCAUCAUUGCCAUCCACAACAUAUACGACAGAACUGAUGGAUGCCGUUUCACUCAAUUGGCACCGGAUUGAUAAGGAUGUACAGCGCUGUGACAGAAAUUACUGGUACUUUACCACGAUCAAUCUCGAAAAACUAAAGAAUAUCAUGUGCAGCUACGUGUGGGAGCACUUGGAUAUAGGAUACGUGCAGGGAAUGUGCGACCUCUUAGCACCUCUUAUGGUUAUCCUGGACAAUGAGCCACUGACGUACAGCUGCUUCACUCAGCUCAUGAAGAGAAUGACUCAGAAUUUUCCCAACGGAGGAGCCAUGGACACUCACUUUGCCAACAUGAGAUCCCUGAUUCAGAUUCUGGACUCCGAGGUCUUUGAGCUCAUGCACCAAAACGGGGACUACACACAUUUCUACUUUUGUUACCGCUGGUUCUUGCUGGAUUUCAAAAGAGAACUCUUAUACGAAGAUGUCUUUGCCGUGUGGGAGGUUAUCUGGGCAGCAAAGUACAUCUCCUCCGAGCAUUUUGUACUUUUCAUUGCCUUGUCUCUGGUGGAGCUGUAUCGGGAGAUCAUUCGUGACAACAACAUGGAUUUCACCGAUAUUAUAAAAUUCUUCAAUGAAAUGGCCGAGCGCCACGACGCCCAGCAGAUCCUGAGGAUCGCCCGAGACCUGGUCCACAAGGUGCAGACGCUGAUUGAGAACAAGUGACUGACGUGAGGGAGACGGGCAGAGUCUCAGCAUCUCUGUAACCCCGGCAGGAUUGUCCCCCCUCCCCCCCACCCAUUACCCCCACUCCCACUCUUCCUCUCCUCUCCUCUCCUUGCCCGUGCACUGAAGAACGAUGAUCCCAAAGGACGGGCUUCACACACUGCGGGAAUACACACGCUCAGAGAACGUGUCGGUAGCCAAGAAGCCAGAAAGACUUAUGAUCCCCUCAUUCCCCUCCCCUCUCCCCGUUCUGCCCUCCCCCCCCCCCCUCCUCACCACUCCCACCACCACAAUCUCUCCCUCAGGCAAACCAUUUUAUUCCUCCACAGUAUAGGUUUUUAACUGUCUACGUUAAUUCUCUCCCAUUCCAUCUUCUUCCCCAUCGCUGUUCAUCUCCCACACCCCCACCCCACCACCGUCCCUGCCUGUCUGCCCGCCCGCCUGCCAGUCAUGCCGAAUCUAUUGCCUGUCUCAGCGAGUGCCUGAUUGCGAUGGGUCCCCCCUUCCCCACCCCCACCACCGCGGUGCCCGCUGCUUUGGUUGACAAGGAAACAUUGAGUGAAGGAGUUAAUCCUUGACACUUUCGGAAUCCGCUCGUCUUUUUUUCCCCCCAACGCACAUUUAUUCCCGUCGCGACUUUUUGAAACUCCGACAGAAACAGACGGGAACCUAGUGAGCAAGUGUUUUUGAAUACCAGCCCCCACCCGCCAGCCCCCCAACACAACCCACCUGCCUCUCUCC